UCAAUGUUACAUCCUUGCUUCUAUAUUCCAGUCACCUUGAAACAAAUGUUAACAUCGCAUUUGUCUUCUUCACCACCGAUUCAACCUGCGAAUUAACCUUUAGGGAAUCCUGCACAAGGACUACCAAAUCAGGCAACAUCUGUAGAAGGAAAUAGCCUAUUUCUCAUUUAGUUGCUGCCUGAACAGUGGGGUUUCUCACGUGUUGCGCGCUGCUCCAGAUUCGGCUCCCUUGUGUCCCCAACUUAUUUCUCUGAAAAGCCCCAACAGUGAGGCUUUGGGCUAUUGGCUGAAGAGGUAUAGGGUUCAGCCAAUGAAGACCCAGAUCUGUAAGUCAUGACAACUGAGUAUGUCACAGUCGCAAACAUCCCAUGCUUGAAAUAGUUUUUGUGACGCAACUGCGUUAAAAAAAUAAAUUCCCAGCACCAGGCUGGGUAACUUAUACCGUUAAAACGGUGCAGUGUGUGUUGUACAGACGGGUUAGACGAAAGUAAGAGAGAAGAUAGCGGCGCAAAGAGGAACUUGACCGACGAUAACUUUGUUUAGGAAUUCUGAAGAGCGGCAACCAACUUCUAACACCUUCGAACGCAUCCAGAGCAGUCAGAAGUAGAGAAGAUGUCGCAGCCAGAGAAUUUAGCAGUUGUGCUUUGUGGGCCAGGCGAUUUAAAAUUGGAAAAAUGUCCAGUCCCGGAACCUUGCUCUGGUGAGGUUCUGCUGAAGAUGCAUUCAGUUGGGAUCUGUGCCUCUGACAUCCAUUUCUGGCAACAUGGAAGAAUUGGAGAAUUUGUUAUGAAGAAGCCAAUGGUUCUGGGGCAUGAAGGUGCAGGGACUGUGAUUAAACUAGGGUCUGGAGUACAAAAUCUUAAAGUCGGUGACAGGGUUUCUAUUGAGCCUGGUGUCCCAAGAGAAAAUUGUGAGUUCUGCAAAAUUGGACGUUACAACCUGUCUCCGACUAUCUUCUUCUGUGCCACACCUCCUGAUGACGGCAAUCUUUGUCGGUACUACGUACACAAUGCCAAUUACUGUUACAAACUUCCUGAAUGUGUGAGUUUUGAAGAGGGUGCAUUGAUAGAGCCUCUGUCUGUAGCGAUCCAUGCCUGUCGUAGAGGUGGGGUAAAUGUGAGCCACAAGGUCCUCAUCUUUGGUGCAGGGCCAAUUGGACUUAUGAAUCUGCUUGUUGCUAAGUCAAUGGGAGCAUGUCCAAUUGCUGUUUGUGAUUUGAUGCAAGAGCGACUAGAUAUGGCAAAAUGCUUGGGUGCCUCUGCUAUCUUUAAAGUAGAAAAGAACAGCUGCCCUCGGGAGUUGGCUCAGAAGGUGAAGAAUGCGCUUUGUGGCAUGCCAGAUAUAACUAUUGAGUGUACCGGCGCAGAUCAAAGUGUUCAGACUGCUGUCUGUGCUACUAAGCCGGGAGGAGUAUUAGUUAUGGUUGGCAUGGGCUCAUCAUCUAUAAAUACCCCUAUGUUAACUGCAAUAACCCGGGAGCUGGACAUACGAGGAGUUUUCAGAUUCUGCAACACGUGGCCUACUGCAAUUAACAUGGUGGCCUCACAAAGAGUAGACGUGAAGCCUUUGAUCACACAUCGCUUACCUCUGGAACAGGCCGCAGAAGCAUUUGAGUUGGUGAAGAAAGGUGCAGCUCUGAAAGUGAUUAUGUUGUGUGAGGAGCAGCAGAAGCAGCAGGAGGGAAAGACACUGGAACAAUGCCGACAGCAAUGUCAGCAGCUGCUACUGCAGUGUCAACAGCAGUGCCAACAACUGAAAGACCAGUGUGAAACCGGCCGCUCCUGAGUGUGCUUGUGCUCUUACGUUCAAUAUGAAGUGACAGGCCUCAAAGACUGUUUUCACCAAUUAACAACUGUCCCAAGUCUGUAAUAAACACACUGAAUGAUAGCAUUUGUCUAUGAAUUAUUUGGAAAAGUUAUGAUUUCCUCUCAUUUUUUUUGUGUGUAGCAGUAGGUUGCACUUGUGUAUAUUAGCUUUUUAAUAUGUUAAUCCUGCAGCAUUUUAACAGGACUGAUAACAGUGAAAAUUUGAGCCAGA